GCAUGAUGUCACCGAGCUGAGGGUACCUAAAUACAUAGUCAGCCAAUCACGGUCAACAGCGAACCAACUUACAUAUCUUAGUGGGAGGAUGGUCAUCAAAGCAUUGAACUCAGAAAACUUGAAAGAACUAGAACAAGAGACGGAGAGGAAAGAGUCAAAGAAGAACAACGAACAGACCAGUCUCAUCAUCAGAUUCCUUGAUCAAGCACAACCGGGAGAGAAACCAACUGGAAGGUCUAGGACUAAUCGAUCGAUCGGCUCAUCGAUCCCAUUGGAACCACGAGUAGCCAACUACCACCGCCAUCCUCAAAUCUCAGCCCAAGAAGACCAUCAAUCAUCGAUCGUCGAUCGAGCACAACUAUUGAAGUCCAGAGCAGAAAAUCGAUCCUCAAAGAAAAAGAAAAAGAACUCAGAGACUCAUUCCCAGAAAUCUUCUCAACCUAAUAAACAGAUCAAGAAGAGGAAGGUCAGCGCUCUGUCCUCGAGUAUCAAGCAUUUACCUGACAGUCUACCCAACCCAGGAAAAUCUAAAAAAUCCCGAUUGACGAUCGACCGUCAUCUUCCUUCGCAAGGAAUCUUCAAAAAGGCUGUCUAUGGCUCGGCAGGUCACACAAAACGACGUAACACGUGGGGAGGAGAUUUGACGUUUAACGAGUUGGGUUUUUUGGAUAAAGAGCGCAAAUCUCGACCAAGAAAGGAGGAGAAAACGGAACAAAUCAACAAGAAGGGACGAAAGAAGAGCUCAUCCCACUCGAACAUUAGUACUGAAAAAAGGAAAAACACCAUUUCUCAAGCAUUAUCAAAAUCGUCACUCCAUCCAUCGGGUAUCGAUCCAUGUAAGAUACGCCAAGGGAAUGGCCCUCGGAAAUCUUUUAGUCCGUCUACUCGUCGACAUUCAGGAAUGCCAUCUUCGGGCCACUCGGCUUACUCAUUACGGAUGCGGGAGAAAGCAGCCAAACAAACUCCACAGCCUGUCCCAUCUACCUCUCACCAACCUGAUCGAGAAGAAACAAAACAGGUCUCCUACCCAUCAGAACACCGAACCUGCCCCACCGAUCAGACCCAGGAUGGUAGACAUACUCAUCGACUAGAACAGCCACCCGUCGAGAAGAGUCGAUCGCAUAAGAAGAGCCCAUGCCAAUCGCCUCCUUUGAGUUCUUCGAGUCACAUCCGCUUGAUCAUCCAUCAGCCGUUCUCUUCUCGGUCGAGCUUGACAGAUGUAGCUGGUGGGUAUGCAAACCACUCGUUUACCCAGACACCCCACAGAUCGUCCGUCGGCAUGCUCAGCCCUGACGAUCGUCUCUCUCCACGAACCCUCGCCAGUGAUUAUCCGGGGAUGCCUAAUAGGAUUGAUUACCAGGACGAGGGAGAAGAGGAAGAGAACGAGGAGGAACAUUCAGCUUUUGAUCCUCUAUCUAUCCUGUCCGAAGGAUCUGAGUUCCUUCAAACUGACGAAAAUCAGUGCUAUUUGGCGGGACAAAGUCUUCCAGAAGAACACUAUUCUAGACCUUUUCAAUCUGGUAGACCGGUUAGCUUUUUAGAAGAGGCUCAGGUCGGGCCCGAGUAUCACAAUCUAGGCAUUGAUUCUCAAGAAGAGCAAGUCGAAAGCGACGUCUACCAAGACCUGCUCGCUGAUCGACCAGAACUCUUAUACGAUCAGGACGACAUCGACGUCGAUGUCGACGAAUAUUACGGUGAUGGUAUUCUUCCUUCGGUUGAUGACGAUGACUAUGGCGGUUAUUCGGGCCUAGAAGCAGAUCGAGCUCACCAGACGUAUCAAGCUUAUCACGAGUGGCUAGACGAGGACGCUGACGAAGGUGUCGAAUGGCGGGAACGUGAUCCUCCGAGCUUGGAAGCGUACCAAGAAGAUGAUGUGGUCGUCUCAGGGUCUGAGCUCGACCCUCCCGGACUGGACGUGUAUUCUCGAGCCUACAUAAACGAUAGGUACUUGGUAGAACCAGUCGUCUAUUAUCGGCCUGCGUAUUCAACAUCUUCGGAAGACUGGCUUCGGAGCUCUGUCUGGAGUGGUUAUUGACCCCCUUUCUCUCUCUCUCUCUCUCGUUGUACCACUGAUCUGUUGCGCAGUUGUUAGUUUUGCAAUUCCUUGACAAGUAUAUACAUAUACAUGGGGUGGGCGGAGAGUUAUCAUUAAAAAAGUGUCCCUUGUUUGUGUGUAAUGUUGUAUGCCUCUGUAAUGUCACCAAACCAUCAUCCUGGCUUUCUUCGAUUUAAUUACUAUUGUGUUUGAAAAUUCUCUGUAGUUGAUACUAAUGUAGUACAACACCUUGUUAACAACCUCUUCUCUUUGUUUGUUCUUAUCGUUAGGUAGGAUGUAUAAUAGCAGAGGAAAG